CAAUUUUUUUCUUUCGUUAAAAUAAAAUUUGGUGUUCAGUUAAAAGUAUGUGCGACGAAUUAAAUUUUUAAAAACUAAAAAAAAACAACGAAUAAACAAUCAAUCAAAAAUGAAUCUAGAAUCACUACCACGACCCGAAACCAUCCACGUAACAGCCCCAGCUGCAUUAAGUCGCCCUCUAUUAAAUUCACAAACAAUGCCACAACGAUCCCCGUUUGCCAUCCAAGAACUGCUCGGUCUGAGCGAAUCGACGCGCCCCAGCGGUGCCGUUGUUCCGUCAUCACUGUAUCCGAAUGUUGGCCAGACGCCGUUCAGUGGCGAUCACCAUCAAAUGACCAUGGCUGCAUCCCGAAUGGCCUAUUUCAAUGCACACGCAGCGGUGGCGGCAGCUUUUCUUCCGCAUAAUAUGGGAAGUGGCGGACAUUUGGGAUUUCAUUCACAAGGUUCGGGUUUUUCUCACCUGAAGUCAUCAUUCGCAUCGGCAACGAGUCCAUGUCUUCCAGGUCACAGUAUAGACUCCAGCAAAGAGUUCACAGUCGAUGGCAUAAAUGGUUUUGGUGGUAAAAAGAAGAAAAAGAAACGGAGACACAGUCGAACGAUAUUCACUAGCUACCAGUUAGACGAACUAGAGAAAGCGUUCAAAGAAGCACACUAUCCAGAUGUAUAUGCCCGGGAAAUGUUAUCGCUGAAAACUGACCUUCCUGAAGACCGAAUACAAGUAUGGUUUCAAAAUCGACGCGCCAAAUGGAGAAAAACCGAAAAAUGCUGGGGUCGAAGUACAAUAAUGGCCGAGUAUGGACUAUACGGUGCAAUGGUUCGGCAUUCAUUGCCAUUGCCCGAUACAAUACUGAAAUCGGCAAAGGAAAAUGAGACCGUUGCACCUUGGCUACUAGGUAUGGAAGCAAAAAGUAUGCAUAGGAAAUCACUCGAAGCAGCCGAAGCACUGAAAAAUGACGAAAGCGGAAACAGUGACCGCGAAGACACAGCAUCGAAAGCUAGUGAUAUCUCUAGUUCCGGCAAACAUUUGCCGCCAUCGAAUAACAAUACCACCGUGCAGUUGAGUGCGUCAAGUGUUGAAACGCUGUCCUGUACAUCGGUAACACCGACGUCAGCAUCCAGUGGCACAACGAAUGUACACGAUAGUAACACGACCACAUCGAUUUCGUCAACGACAACGAUAACACCAACAUCACCAACGUCACAUUCACCGCAGCAUCAUCAUCAGCAGCAGCAGCAGCAGCAACAACAACCCCAGCAUCAUUCACAUCCAUCGUCCCACCAUUUGGCUAACUUAGAUAAACCAAAAGAAAUGAAUUUAGUUACGAAUACGCAACAUUCGAAUUAUCAUCACGACAGUGACCCAGAAGCCUUUAGGUGGGUUGACUACAACCGAGAUCCCAUCUCAUUUAUUAGAAACAAUUCAAUAGCUUGCCUACGAGCGAAGGCCCAAGAGCAUCAAGCCCGUCUGCUCAAUAGCGGAUUAUUACUACAAGUACGUUCCUUAGCCGGUCUACAGAGUCCGACGAGUAAUUCACCGCAGUCGUGUGAUAGCAACGCAAAUACAUUGGGCACUCAUUCACCGACCGAGCAUCAUGCAUCGGAACGGAUUAGCAAUUUUCAUCAUCAGUCGUCGCCUCAGAUUUUAGUAAAAAGUGAACAACACAACGCUAGUCAGAAUAUGGCAUUUUGACAAUAAAAGUAAAAAAGAAAAAUCAAAUGAAAUAAGGGACGGGACGAGAUAUGUUGCAUUGGCUAAAAUGUGUUUUUGGUGACGUUGUAACUGUAGAUCACAGCUGAACUUAAAACAUCGUUUGAAUGACAAUAAUUGUUCAGCAGUGAUGAUGGUAAAAGGAAACCCUUUUUCGGUAUAAGCACGUCACCAACCAACUAAUGUUUACCGGUGGUGAAAGAUUGUAAUCCCUUUUUUACGUGUUCAGCUUAAAAUUGUAAGUGUCACUUCGACGAUUCAGUUCUACAGGGCCUGACCCAUACGAUUUUUCAGAACCAACUUGAAAGUUGUGGACCAAGCCUACAUCGUCCGUUUUACUUCCAUACACUACAUUGUUAUGGGUUUACUGAACUCACUUCCUAUUGGUCAUUAUUGGCAGAUUUGCAUCCCAUUUUGCGCGAAACUGACGUUACAAAAAAGCAGGCGUGUCACAUUAGCGAAUUAUAAGAAAAAUAAAAUUCACCUUUUUAUGAUAAUUUCUUAAGUAGAACAUAUUUAGGAUUAUCAAUCGAAAAGAUAAGUAAAAAGGUUGUAUUUCAUUUUACUUAUAGUUCGCCACUGCGACAUGUCCUCUUUCUGUAUUUAACUAUUCAUAUAUUCAUAUAAGAAUGGGAUUUAACGUUACGUUGAUAAGAUAUUUACACUUACCAUUUUGAAUUUGCAGCGCUCUUUUGGCUCGAAUUCUAAAAUCUUAGAGAUCUAGUUCCUCUUCGGUGUAAGAGCUAAACGAGCCUAAACAGUGUAACCCUACAAUUAACUCAUUAAAUAAAAAAAUUGUGCGGUUUUAAUAUGUCUCUGAAUGUAAGACAGUGGGAGACGUUAUCAAAAAUGCAUCGAAUUUGAUUUACUUUUCGUGUUUUUUUGUUGUUUUAAAACAAGAACCUACUUCCAAAUUGAUUCUCUUCAUUUUAAAUAAAUUUUAUUAUCAACAACAAAACCAAAAUGGGCAGUUGAACAUAUAUACGUUACGUGUAUACAUUUAUAUAUAGGUACUGCAUAAAUUAUAGUUUAAGGAAAAUCAAUUAUGAAUGGCUAUGUAUGAAAGUCAAUAAAAAAAACGAAUUUAUUAAUUAAAUUGCGCUAAUCUUAUAAAUAUAAAUUAUAAAUCUAUGCAAAAAAAAAUGGAAAACUAUUUAUGGUCUACUAA